CCCUGGAAUGAUCAAGGGGUUUAUAUAUCCAGUUGCUCUGUUACUAAUACUUUGGACCUCGUAUAUAUAUGAUUUUCAUCAAUGCUAAUUGAAUGACAGAGGCGUCCUUUGGCCCAGCGUCGCUCCCGUUCUUUGGAACUGAAUUCGAAGUUCUCCACAUUUAAUUUAAGAAAGCGACACCUAUCGCCGGAGAAGCUGUGCCUGAUCUUCUAGAUAGCACUCUUUUCCCGCAGAGAUCAGCAGGCUAUAUUGUUCUGCUUUCUUAAAAUACUCUGCCAUUUUUGUAUCUCACUUGAAUUAUGCUCAUUCACUACUUGCGUCAAGUUUACGAAGGGGAUCUCCCGCUGAAGUAUUGGAUGUCUUGCCAUUGACUUGCUUAGGUAUCUUAUAUCCAUUAUUUUCUUGUCCUGGCCAAUGUUCUCAAAGUGCUAUUCCGUCACUCUUUGCACGAGCUAUCUUUGGAAUACCGAUAUUGUUGCCUGGCAUGGAUCCAUAUCCAUCUCCCGGGGAGGGCAAACCUCUGUUCCAACAGUCUCCUCAACAACGUGGUGAACUAGGGCACAAGGAAAGAAAACAAAGACCUAAGCUACUUCACAAGCGACCUCCAUACAACCCUCAGUUCCAUUCAGGGAAAGUUGGACGCAAUGAAGGGCCACGGAGGAUUCCUGGAUCUCAGUCAUGUUUCAACUGUGGCUCGCCAGGACAUUGGGCUCAGGACUGCCCGGGGCCUCGAAAGACAGUCCCAAAUGCUGUUGAUGGCAACCCUCGUCCCUCAAAACGGCAAAAGAUAGGGGAGCCGGUCGUUACUCGUUAUCCAAUAUCAGAUCAUAGGAAGCAGCAGUAUGGAGCGCCAUAUAUGUAUACUCCGCAAUCACAAGCUCAGACUAGCUACAUGCCAUAUGGUAGCUACCCUCCAACGCCAGUCUCAGCACACUCCCAGGCAUCAAGCCCAUGGCAGCAGUGCCCUCCGUAUCCUUCUCCCGCUCAGCCUUAUCCGCAGUGUGGGCCAUACGGGUUGCCCACGCCUAUGGCUUCGGCCAACUCUCAGUUCCCGAGCCCUGUUUCGGCCCAUAGUGGCCAUCAAUAUCAGGGUUACUUUCCUCCACAGCCACCGCAGCUUUCUUUCGGCAGUGACCAGAAAUCUUCCUGCCAAGGCUAUAACCACUAUUCAUCAACACACCCCAUGUCUGGACAGCCUCGGGACUAUCAGCCUUCCUGGGAUGACACACCAUAUACUACGCCGCAUUCAGGGCCUUGGACUGAAGGAAUGCAGUCAUCGGAUGGUUGGCUUACAUCAACUUCUUCUGAAGGCCAGAUCAUCUGGAGGCCGCCCAAUCCUGUUGCCCGGCCCCUUUCGUCAAGGUUCUUAGACUUCGACGAACCUCUCCCUUUUGCGACUCUAGAGCCGGGUAUAUCAGUUUCGAAGUACAUCCUGAACAAGUUCCCAGCAGAAUUUGAGCGUCAUAUUCGAGAUACAGAAGACUGGCCGUCUGUCAUGGAUGACCCUAUUUUCCGCGAAAUUCAAAUGGACUGUCCAUUAAUAUCUAUCAAGGAACUCAUCUCCCGCCGCGAAGAAGUUUACGCAACUCAUAAUGUUAAUGUUAUCAACGAAGCCGAAGAGGGCGAGAUUUCUGAGAAAGCAUCGAAGCACGAUUCUGGGCCGGUUGUAGACGAUUUCGAUAUCACAGAUGAUGGACGCAUUCAGGUUAGAAAAGAGAAUGAAGACAGACGUGCCUUGGAGUCUUCGCGGGAAUACGCUGAAGACUCCCCAGGGAUCAACAGAGGGCCAAAGAGGGCCUUUGAUGAAAUAGAGUCCCUGGAUCCCGAUUGCGGUUAUGAUAGGGACUUAAGUCAGGAACGGAACUCCUUACCGUCACGCAAAGGCACAGAACGGGGUGAUCAUUUAGGCAGGUUUUCCCGACAACCCAACCAAAGAAAUGCAUCCGAUCAUAGACAUCCCAAACGGGGAAAUGACUUCCCUAGUCAAAGCUACCACGAUCGAGGGACUGAUUCGAAUGGUCCAUCACAAGGAAAGAAAAGGCCAGGAGACACCCACUUACCCACAUGUCAUAAUAAUCCACAAGAGAAGCCGCAGCAAAGAGCGCGGAGAUCAGAUCUGCACCCUGGAGAUGGCGGACCGAAGUUUCAACCCUCCACACAAUCACGAUCUGGAGCGAAUAAUAGGACACGGCGGAACGAUUCUCAUGAAUCAGGAAAUGAUGGGCCGAGACGACAAGAAGACGAUGUGCCCUCCAAAUCUAAGCGGAAACGGCCCCAGAUAGAGUCUGCUUACAGAACUAGUCGUCGAUGGUGA